GUUGAUUUUGCUGCUGCGUUCAUUGAUUUUCAUUGGAUUUAUCCAGAUAAACAAACGUCAUUAAAAGAUUAAUCCCGGGAUGGAAUAAUCCCAAAUAGACUACAAAAUCUGCUUAUAUUGGAUCGGGCAGGAAGACGAGCGAUGAUUACUCGCGUAUGCGUACUAGGGGUAGUUGAUGGUCGGCGUAAACUCUGUGACUCUGACGAUAAUUUUUAGGUCGGUAGGCACCUACCUACCCGCCUACCCACUUACCCACCUAGUACCUAUUUGUUAGUAUUUUGAUGACAUUGCAGCAUGUUGAUUUCCGUACAAGGGUGGUGGCGCGGAAAACAGGGAACUUCCAAUCGGCAUUAUCAAUUCAUUCAACUUGCAACCGGAUAUCAUGGAAAGCAAGACCCGGAGUUGCGAAAUGAGAAAAGGUAUUAGAUGCGGCGGCGGAUUGGCCUUCGCAACCGUCAGGUAUUCCGUGUUCGCCGUUUAAAUGUCCAAUGGCGGGCCUUCAACACCCUCCGGGCUCAUUUUCGGAGCUGUGAUAUUUCAUACAGACCGGCGACCCAUCUCAAUGAAUAGGAAGUUCGGGAUAAUCAUCGCAUACAUAUUAUCGAAUUGUUAUCCACCUUAUCGACGAAAGAGGAAGUUUUCCCCCAACUUCAUCGACGACUUUGUGGGUCAAUUGGUGUGGAGACAUAAGAUCUUUGACUCUUCGGAACCUUGCCGAAGCCAUAAGCAGCCAAACCGUUCUGGUGGAUGGGCGUAUUUCCUCAAUGAGGCUCAUCCGUGUGUCUGGGAGGAGCCUGUGGCGGCUCAAGGAGUCCAGGGCUCAUGCGGUGCGCCAACCGAAUUGACCCAGAGCCGUGGAUGGAUUCACGGCGCUUACCCUGUCUUCGGUAGCAGUGAAAUCGCUAAGGAGCUAAGAAAUGCACACUCCCGCUUGUUUGAGUGGAAAAUCCAAAUAUUGCGCGCGGGAUUCCCCCUCCAUCCUUUUAAGGGAAUCCUCCCUAAACCCCGCUCGUGCGACUUUGUGCCUGGUUCCAAGGUUAUUCUAGAGCGCGGAAGAUGGGGGGAAACGGCCCGUCCUACGAGGAAAUCGAUUCUGUCUCGCAUUCUUUCCGAACGGAGGCAAGUGUUCAGGUAUGAUGCCAGCUGAAAAUCGUAAAAGGAGACGAGCGCGUCAAUCCAGACCGGCUUGAGAAUUGCAUAGAAAUCCUCCAAGGCGAAUGGUUGAAGUACAACAGCACAACAGCACAACGCCAACUUAGGGGUGGGGGGUUCAAUCGAACCUAUCAGCUUGGUGAAUGUAGCUAUACCAUAUUCGUCGUCUCGCAGAAGAAAAAUUGGGCGAGAUGGGGCUAUGAAUCUGAUGAAAUUCCAUAUUGAUCCGCUGGUAACAUUGCCUUAACUAACUUCCGCUCAUAGAUGCCAAAAGGCCAAAAGGUCAAAAGGUCAUAGGGCAAUAGGUGUUGUUGCUAUGUCUGUCAUAAAUCGAGACUUACGAGUCCUUUUUCCUCGGUUGAAGAACCGAAUUCGGGAAACCAGCCGGUUCGGGGAAGUGACGCGUGGGACUAUUAAUGUAGCACAAUAGUUGUCGGGAUUGACGUGGGCAAAGAUGCGAUAGGCUGUA